AUGAUAAACAAUCAAAUGGUGGAGGAAAAUCAAGCCUUUUCGGGAUUGGUUUUGUUCGUGAGAAAGAUGGGUAAAAAAUUAGCCUUUCUAAAGGUGCUCACUCUUGGUCAAUGUGAUGAUGAGAGUAUUAUUCAAAACUCUACAAAUGUUACUCUUUUGCAAGAAAAUCAGCAAUGUUUGAAUUAUUAUUCGAAUUUGGUGGGUUCCGUGACAAGAGUGACGAGACAAUUAAUGAUAAAAGGACAAGAGGAUUGGGUGAAGAAUAUUCGUGUUGGAGAUUGGAUUGAAGGAACUCUCACUAAGGAUUUGUUAAAUGAUAAAUCUCCUCCAAUUUUGCAAUCAUUCUCACACUUGGAAAAUUUCAAUAAUUGGACCAAUGAUUCAUUCACAAUGUCAUUAUUAAAUAAUUUGAGAGAUUCAUUUACGGAAGAGGAGGCCAUCUCUGAAAAUCAUCAGCAAUCCAAAAAGAAGCUCUGUAAAAGUUUUAAAUUGGGAACCGAAUGUACUGACAAGAAUUGCGAUAAGAGACAUUUCUUUAUUAAUGAGCAGGAACGAGAACAAAAUUACAGAGAUGAAAAUGACCCAUAUUGUGGAGUGAAUAUUAAUCCUCUCAAGUAUGUAAUUCAUAAGAAGGAGAAGAAACAAAAUCCACUUGCAGACCUUAAAGAAUCACCAUUUGCAAAUGCAGACCUUGUGGACUCUACCCCAUUCAACCCAGUUCAGAAAAUGGAUAGAACAAGAAGGGCUCAAAUAUUUGCCAAAUAUCUUGUCGAUAAAUUUGGUUUGGAUAAUUUAAAGAAGGGAUGUGGAGUUUUGGAUGUUGCUGGUGGAAAAGGAGAAGUUUCAUACUAUUUACUAGCUGAUUUUGGAAUUCAAUCAACAGUGGUUGAUCCCAGACAAGCCUCCCUCUCUGAGAAACAAUUAUCAAAAUUGAAUUCCCUCCAAUUAGAAGUGAAAUACAUGAAUGAAUAUUUUACAAGUCAAGAAGAAGAGUGGAAAGAAGAUUUCAAAACACUAGUUCAGAACUGCUCCUGUAUCAUUGGGCUUCACCCAGACCAAGCAACAGAACCAAUCCUAGAUGUUUCACUUAAAUAUCAGAAAUCAUUUGCCAUCGUUCCAUGCUGUGUAUUCCCUUCUCUCUUCCCUGAUAGAAAGCUUUCAAGUGGUGAAAAAGUUGUCAAUUAUGCCUCAUUCAUUUCUUACCUUUUAGAAAAAGAACCAUCCCUUCUCCAACUCGAUUAUUUACCAGUCAUGGGUAUGAACAAGAUCAUUCUUCAUAAACCAGAACAUGAACAACGAUAA